AUGGCCAGCAUUUCGACCACCUCCGCAAACCAAAAUCCAAUCGAGAAGCAACGAGAACAAGCAGGGAAUAAACAAUCUUCUACCCAGUUUGAUCUAGGCAUUACCCUGAUUCUCAAUUCCUGGCCAGCGCUCAACCUCGCCGUGCAAAGCUCCUGGGGCGGGCCCUCCUCCAGCGACAAACGCGAUUGGCUCUGCGGCGCGAUCUCAGACCUCUUCGUGGACCGGCCGGAGACCGACGCCGAAGACAUUGAAGAUGUCCUGAUACAAGUUAUGAAUGACGAAUUUGAUGUUGUUGUGGAUGAUGAGAGUGCAGGCGAGAUUGGGCGUAGGAUCAUGGAAGUCAGAAUGGAAACGCAGAUGGGUGAUUUUACGAGGGUGACGAGGAUGUGGGAGGAGUGGAAGGCGAAGGGAGGUGCUGGUGCAACUGUUGGAGCGUUCAGAAAAGUGGAGGUUAAUGGCGAUGACGAUGGGGAUGACAAUGGUGAGGGCGCGGAGGAUGAGGAUGAGGAGGAAGAAGAUGAUAAUGAAAGUGAUAUUGGGGAUUGGGCGGAUGACGUUGAGAUGGAGGAUGCGCCGGUGGCGGUCACGGCAUCGAGGAAUUACUCCCCACAAACUGAAGCGCCGAAACGUGAGUCCCCGAAUGAAAUACGGAGGGCAAUUGACGGACCAUGGGAGCGGGGAAAGUUCUUGCCUGAGCCGAUUGUCGAUGAAGAUGGAUUCACGAAGGUGGUUUCGAAGAGAAGGCGAUGA